AUGGAGCUUGACACACGCGCUCUCGUCCUCCUCCCGUUGGUGCUUGCCUCGCUUUCGGCGUUCCUCCAGCCUGCCUCUGCAAAAGAUGGCACACCACGCACCAGCAGAGGCUUCAGCCUGCGCCUGGUCCUGAACGAUGGCUGGAACAGCACCAUGCACGUCGACGGCGGUGGCUUCCUGCACCUCAACGAGCAGGCAGCAACCACUGCGCUUCGGCCGCACAUCCACGGUCCGAGAGGGUUCACGUACAGUGUGGCCACCACCGUCGGGACGGGCCGCGGCCGUCGCACGUACGACCUGGUGCUGGACACGGUCAGCAGCCUGACGUGGAUGCAGUGCAUGCCGAUUGCGCAUCCAUUCCCACAGAUUCCGCCGCCCUUCAACCCGGAGACCUCGUCGUCGUUCAGAAGCGUCUCGCGCAGGAGCGACCAGUGUCAUAAGCCAUCCAGGGGCACCGAUUGCGAGUUCCGGGCCAACCGCCUCGACGGCGCGCACGCAAGGGGUGUGCUCGGCAACGAGACCUUCGCCUUCGCAAACGAUGGCGGCCGCGCCGCAGCAGCGGAGGUUGGUGGCGUCGUCUUUGGCUGCGCGCACACCGCCAUAGGGUUCCACAGCCAUGGAGUACUGGCCGGCGUCCUCGGCCUGGGGAAGCAGAGACCGUCGGUCAUCUGGACUCGGCUCCACCAGCACGGGCAGGACGGCCGCUUCUCCUACUGCCUCUUCGGGCCCGGGCAUCCGAACAGGCACGGCUUCCUCCGGUUCGGCGCCGAUGUCCCGGCUACGGGCCACAUGAAGAGCACCAACAUCCUCUUCAUGCGCUACACGACCAACCCGGAUUUCAGCGCCUACUUCGUCGAACUCCUCGGCGUCAGCGUGGCCGGGAAGCGCCUGGUCCCGCCACCCGGACGCCGCAUGAGGGUAAUUUUCCGGCGCUUCAUGUCGCGCGGUAGGUGGCACGGCGGGUGCCUGAUCGAUCCCGGGACGAGCACGAUGACCAUGACGCAGCUCGUGUACAACGUCCUGGAGCCUGCCGUGGAGGAGCACGUCAAGGGACUGGGGAUGCCGCUCGUGAAGCGCCACGGGUAUCGCCUCUGCUUCAGCGGCGGGACUCAGGCCGUCUUCCCGCACCUGCCGACGGUGACGCUGCACUUCGUGUUCGAGGAGGUUGGGGAGCAGGACGGUGACCUCGUGAUCAGGCCGCAACAGCUCUUCGUCUUCGUUAACCAAGACAUCUGCCUCGCCGUGGUACCGAGCGAGCACACCACAAUCAUCGGCGCGAUGCAGCAGGUGGACACGCGUUUUGUCUACGACGUCGUGGCCGGCAAGAUCCACUUCGCACCCGAGAGAUGCAGCGACGACACGGGCGGCCCCAACUGA